AUGGCCAAGAACUUGGGCGCAGAUGUCGAGAAGCGCGAAGCUGUUAAGCAGGCUUUUCUCUAUAAUUAUGACAACUAUGAGAAGUAUGCCUUCGGCAACGACACGCUCGCUCCCGUCACCAAGAAGGGCCAAAACACCAACGGCAUCCUAGGCGCGUGGGGCGCAACAAUCUACGACUCCCUCUCGACAAUGAUCGUCAUGGGUCUCCCCGAUUCUGACCCUCGCUUCAGCCGCGCAAUGGACUUUGUAUCCAAGAUCGACUUCUUCAACACCACAGGUGGGGACCCACCAGGAGUCGUCUCCCUUUUCGAGCUAACCAUCCGCGCUCUAGGCGGGAUGCUCUCUGCUCGCGAUUUGCUCGAGGACAAGGGAAGACACGUACCGAGCUUCUUGGUCAACCAGUCUAGGAAUCUGGCAGAGACGUUCAUGCCGGGAUGGGUGCACGCUAUCCCCUUCAACUACGUGAAUGUUACGGCCAAGAAACCGCAAGACUUGAAGGCGACGGCCAACUAUGCCGAGGCGGGUACCAUCCAACUUGAGUGGUCGCGCCUGUCCGACGUCACUGGGGACGAGAAGUAUCGCAAGCUCGUCUACGGUUCUGAGAUGGCGCUGAUCAGGGCGAAGGAGGAGUUGCCUGGCUUGCCAGGCCAGCAGAUCUGGCCCCAGAAUGGGACCCACGUCGAUUCGCUUGCUGGGCGCUACGUGACUUGGAGUGGCGGUACGGACUCGUACUUUGAGUACCUCCCCAAAUGGACGCUCAUGCAGGGCAACUCUGCCGACCCUCUGCUGCUUCGCAAAUUCACCCAAGCAGUCGAAACGACGCAGAAGCGCCUGCUCAUCAAGAGCGGCGUGGCUAACCACACCUUCCUCAGCGAUUACUCGUCCGACCUUGGUGGCAACGUCUAUCGCACAUCUGGGCUGGCUUGCUUCACAGGUGGUUCCUGGGCGCUAGGAGGUAAGAUGCUGGGCAGGGACGACUUUCUGCAGCGGGGCCUGGAGCUGGCCGAGAGUUGUGGCCGGACUUAUUUGGGGACCGCCACGGGUAUUGGGCCAAGUCAUUUCGGGUAUCGUGAUAAACAGGGGAAGCUGCAUGGCUACCGCAAGGUUAUCUCUGAGGGUAAGGAAGCCUUCUACCGCGAGCACGGCUACUUCCCUAUGGAUAAUGGGGGAGGCCAUGCUCCUGAGACGAUCGAAUCCAUCUUCUAUGCGUGGAGAGUCACCGGCCAGCAAUUCUGGCGCGACAUGGGGUGGGAGAUGUUCCAGAGUCUGAGGAGGUUCUUGGACACCAAGACAGGAUGGGCUAUGAUGGCCGAUGUGAACGAUCAGGCUGGCGACUGGGAAGACGAUCAGGGCAGUUACCUGUACGCCGAGGUGCUCAAGUACUACUACAUGCUCUUCGACGAUCCCGCCAACCUCUCGCUGGAUGAAUGGGUGCUCAACACCGAGUGCCAUCCAUUGAAGCUGCGCAACGAUCGCUCCAAGUUUCCACGCAUCCAGUACAACGGUCCUGGCGCCAAGCCUUUCCCCUACGUUCCCCUCGGCGACACCAACGUAGAGAGUGGGGAAAGGGCCCUCAGCCCGACUCCCACAGUUAAGGGUCCGUUUGACUUCAAGAUGGAGAAUCACCCGGGCACGCAGGCCGGCGUGGAGAUGAUGGAGCAAGUCUAUGGCAUGCCCGUCGAGGUGGCAAAGGCCCAGUACUCGCCGCGUCCUCUGGCGGUGAAUGUGUAG